AUGCAACAACUAAAGUAAAAAAUCAAGCCUCCCUUUUUAUUAGAUGGUGUAUAUGCUGCAAAAAGAGGAAAGGUGCUUGAUUAUAGAGCAGAAUAGGAUAGUCAUUUAGAAUAAUACUUUUUUAAUAUGCAAAUGAGAUAGCAAAUGAUCAAAAUGAAACAAGACAAAAUAAGUUCAAGAAAUUUAGCUCAUUAAUAAUCAAAGUCUUUUGAAUAAACUAUAGUAAAGAUUAAUUAAUAAAGUUUAGAAUCAAUAAAACGAAGUUUAAGUAUAAAAUUUAAUCAGUUCACCCAAACAUUAAACUACUUCUAAAGUAUCCAUCAGUCAAAAUGAUCCCAAAGAAUCAAGAUCCUUGUCAAAAGAACAUUUUGUAACAUUUCUUGAUUCUUUAAUUACAACAGUAUAAAAUGUUUAGCAGUUAGUAAAUACAUAUUUUCCAUAAGAAAAAAAUGAUAAUCAAAUAGCAAAAUAACAAAAUGAAUUAAGUAAGAUAAGUUAGGCAACUGAAUAACUUAGUAGAUAAUUACGUGGAAAUUCUAUACCAAAUAAAAAGGAAGUUGAAAAUGUAAAAACUUAAAAGAACUUUUCUAAAUUACCUUAGAUCAAGAAAAAUGAUGUUAACGUGAAUCUAACUAAAUCAGGUAGAGGAAGAGAUGUAACAUAAAAAUCUCAUAACUCUCCUAAAUCAAAUAAUAUUAAUCCAUCUAAAACUCUUGAAAAAACUAAUAACCUUUAAUUGGAUGAAACAAACCAUCAUAAUUUUUAUUUCGAAUAAUAUCAAUCAGUUCAAGAUAAUAUUAAUAAAAAAACAAUAUAAGAUAAACCUAUAGAAUAAAUCAAAAGUUAAAGAGAUUCAUAGCCUUAAAAAUUAUUACAGUUAAGAUCUGGAAAAACAACAUAACUUCCAUCUGUCAGAAGUUCAUAAUAAAAAUCAGCUUACUAAUAUAAGAAAUAUCAAAAAGAAGUUUAAUUAAUAUUAACUAAACCAAAAUAAAAUUACAAUGAUCAAAGUAUUUCAUUUGUUUCAUAAUCUCCAGAACAAUUAAAAAGCAAAAGUGUUGGAAUUAGGGAUAAUUAAUAAUAAAACUAAUCUAAAAAUUUAAACAAACCAAAUUUUAAAAAAAUUACUUCAAUCAAUAUUACCCAAGUUGAAUAAUAGAAAUCUAAAUCAAAUCUUAAAGUUUAGAAUAAUUUCUCAAAGAGAUAAAAUACAUCACAAAUUCAAAUUAAAAUUAUAGAUGUUGAUAAAUAAAUUAUUAUAGAACCUCCUAAAAACUUAGCUUAAGUUGAAGUAGUUGAAGAAGUAGUUUAAAACUUUUCAAAGGAUUCUGGAAACUUUUUAAUUGAAAAAAAUUAGAAUAAAGAAGUAUCUUAAACAUAAGAUGAAGAUAAAUCUAAAUUCAAUGGAACUGCAUUUUUUAAAAUUGCCCAAGGAGAAGAAAUAAAAGAAUCAAUAGGAAAAAUGACAGAAAGCAAUGAAAUUUAAAGAUUUAAUGAUAAUGAAUAAGAUUCUCAAAAAUAAUUAAAACAAAAUGAAAAUACUUUUAUAAAAAUGAUUCAAAAUUAAGUGAUUGAGAAUGAUUUGAAAUUGUUAAAAUAAUAAUAAACAAAUUAUAAUACAUUGAAUGAUGUAGAAAAGGGAAGUGAAACAUUAAUAAAGGCUGUAGAAUCUAUAGAUCCAUUAAGUGAUAAUGAUGAUAUAGUAAAUCCCCUUGAAGAUAGUGAUAAUGAAUAAAAAUAAAAUUAAAGUAGUAUGAUCAUAACUACCUUAAUGUAAAAUAGUUUAUAAGUUCUAGUUAAAUAGAACUAAACUUUUGAAUAAGAAUAAUGA